AUGGCGAACCCUGAGCUAGCAAUAGCCAAGGCCUCCUUGAGCGCCAUCCUCUUCCGCAAAGAGCCCGUCUCGCUCACCAGGCCCGAGAUCGAGAGCUUCCACACCCUCCUCCACGACGCGAUACACCAGUGCUCGCCCGCCAACGUUCAGAAAUGCAAGCGUUGGAUCCUCAAGAACUUGGUCCCCUCGCCGGCGCGCGUCACCGCCGUCGGCAAAUACCUGGCCGCACUCUCCAACUCCUUUCCCGAUGACGGCAAGACGAAGCCCUCCACGCGGAGGAAGCGUCUGCACAUCCUUUACGUCAUCAACGACGUCCUCUACCACGUCGCCGUGCGCGAUCGGGACACACGCUUCGCGACAGCCCUGGAAGCCAGCCUGACGCCCCUCCUCCACGGCGCCGCUAAGUUCCCAAACUGCCUCAAACACGCGAAGAAGCUCGAGAAUCUGCUGGCGCUGUGGGAGAUGCAAAAGUACUUUUCCGCGACCGUCAUCGAUGACCUUCGCGAGACUGUCAAAGAAGCCCCCCACGGCGGCAAGGUGUCAAAGGGAGGAGAACAGGGCCAGACGGGGUCGAAUCUCGGCGCGAGGCCCGCCAAAGAUGCGCCCUACACGAUCCCCUCGAUCCACGGCGAUCCCAACACUCCUUGGUUCGAUCUCCCAGCAGCGAAUUGGCUGCCGCAUCUUACGCCCAACUCGACGAAGCCCAUGAACCCAGAUAUGAUCAAGCCGCUGCAGCUUGCCCCAGGACCGGCAGACAAGGUCCUCGCCAAGGCGGUCAAGGACUUGCUCGCGGACGUCGAAAGGCUCUACAACCCAGGCGCGCCCCUGCAGGACGAUCAGCAGCAGCAGCAGCAGCAACACACCGACCUCAGCGAGAUGGGCGAGCGCAUCGUUCUCGACGAGAUCACGGGCGAGGUCGUCGACGGGGAGACGUACUACGGAUGGUCCCGCAGGUUCUGCGAGAAGAUGAAGCAGCGAAGGAAGAAGACCAAAGGCGGGGCAGCAGACCGCGGCCGUGGACGAUCCGACUCCAGGAGCCGUUCUCGGAGCUCCUCCCGAAGCCGAUCCAGCAGAAGCGAUUCCCCACCGGCCUUUAAACGACGCAGACUGUCGCCGGACUCGCGGACUCCCAGCCGCAGUCGGAGCCGUGACCGUCGACGCAGUCCUGGGCGAGGCAAUCGCUACGACCCGAGAGACUAUAGCAGGUCCAGAUCCCGGUCAAGGUCAAGAUCCAGGUCGAGAUCGCGUCCUCGGUACAGAUCAAGAUCAACCUCGCGCAAUCGUGGCCCAGCAAGAGAUGGCGAUAGGGAUAGGGGCCGCGCCAAUGCGAGCAAGUCCCCACUACCACCACCCGACCGCAACCGGCACCACAACCCUCCAGACUUUGGGGCAGGAGGCCACACCACCGGCUGGGGACAACCGCAACAUCACCGUCUUCAGCCUCCGCCUCCGCCCCCUCCCCCAAGCUACAACCCCCCGCACCCUCAAGCCUUCCCGCCGUACCCCCCGCCACUGCCACAGGCGGCCGGCGGCUUCGGUCACUUCCCGCCGCCGCCGCCGCCGCAAGGCUACAAUGGUCAAUGGCCGCCGCCGCCUCCACCACCUCACCUCGGCGGUCCCCCUCCACAGCACGGCUGGGCUCCUCCGCCGCCGGGUCCAGGCGUCCCGCACAUGGGUGGCGGGUGGGCGGCACCUCCGCCUCCACCGCAGCAGCAACAACAGCAGAACCCGUAUCAACAGUACGGACGAGGCAAUGGCGGAGGCUACCGUGGACGAGGAGGCAGGGGCGGGUGGUAA